AUGUCAAAUUUUUUGGAUAAAUCUUGGAUGCGUAUAACAGACAUUUAUAGCCCAGAAUACAGAGAAGGGGUUAGAAAAUUCAUUGUUUUUGCAAUGGCAAAUGGUACUUUUGCAAAAACGUGUGCUUGCCCUUGUAGGAAGUGUGAAAAUAGACAUCGACUUGGAUUCUCGAUUGUUAGGAACCAUCUGUAUGAGCAUGGUGUCGACAAGACAUACACCACCUGGAGCUUACAUGGUGAGAGAAAGGAUGGUGCUUCAACAAGUCGUUCCAAAGGGAAGGCCGUAGUCGAACAAACGCCUGAUAAGCAAUCAGAUUGUUUGAAUUUUAAUGAUUUUAUUGACUCUUCCUUUGGUAUUGACCAUGAUGGAACACAAAUUAUAGAAUCACCCUUAGAAGAUCCAGAUGUCGAGAAGCUUUAUAAUAGGUACAAAUCGUUAGCGGCAGAGAAGUUAUACCCUGGGUGUGAAGACAAUCUCUCAAUCCUCUCUGCUAUGGUAGAAAUGCAUAAUAUGAAGAAAACUUAUAAAAUUUCGGGUAAAUGUGUCAACAGUUUUUUGGAUCUGUUAAGAGAGUGGCUUCCGAAACCUAACAAGUUUCCCAAAAACUAUGAUGCUAUGAGGUCAAUGCUUAAGGAUCUGGGGAUGAAAGCGAAGGCUAUUCAUGCUUGUGAGAAUCAUUGUAUUCUGUAUUACAAGGAUAAUGAGGAUUUAAUAGAGUGUCCGGUAUGCAAAACUCUAAGGUUUAAGUUGAAAGCUACCAAAGAUGGUCAUGUGGUGACAAAUGAACCUUGCAAAGUGCUGAGAUACUUUCCUGUAGACGAAAAACUAAAGAAAAUUUAUUCUCUACCAUGGAUAUCAGACGCAAUGCUGUGGCACGAUCGAGCGCAAGUUUCAUUUGAAUAUAUGUGUCAUCCAAUAUAUUCAUCUCAGUGGGCACAAAUGAAAAUGAAGUUUCCGUUGUUUGCCGCGGAAGGAAGAAAUGUUUGGCUUGGAAUAUCAACAGAUGGGUUUAAUCCUCAUGGUGUACAGACUUUGAGUUGGAGUUGUUGGCCUGUGAUCCUUGUGGUUUAUAAUCUUCCGCCUUCUAUGUGUAUGAAGUAUGAAUUCCAAAUGAUGACUCUGUUGAUACCUGGGCGUAAGCCACCGGGUCAAGACAUUGAUGUUUUUUUGCGGCCGCUGGUCAACACACUAAAAAAACUUUGGCAUCAAGGUGUACAAGCUUUUGAUUCUUUGAAAAGGGAGUAUUUUACGCUGAAAUCAAAUCUGAUGUUUGGCAUUCAUGAAUUGCCUGCUCAAGGUGUUUUAAGUGGAUGUACCACUCAUGGCUAUUGUGCGUGUGUUUACUGCGGAGACGAAACUCGAAGUACUCAUCUAGGUUACGGCAGCAAGAUUGCGUACACUAACUAUCGUAUAUUCCUUAGGUCAAGGCACCCAUUUAGGGAUGGGACUUUUUUGGGAUUAGAGACACAUGAGCAUAAAAGUGCACCGCUAAGACUAACAGGAGCGCAGUCGCUUGAGAAGUUGGCUGAUGUUCAUUACGAACCUGGUAAGUUAGUGGUCCGCAAGACAGGUAAACGAAAGAGAUAUCAGUCUGAUGAAGAGGAAGGUGAUUUUGAGCUUGUCAUAGGUGAUUUCUACAAAAAGUGUAUUCUUUGGGAACUUGAGUCGUCUUGUGCCUUGACUAUACGACAUUGUGUCGACGUGAUGCACACGGAAAAGAACGUCAUGGAACACAUUAUCUACACUAUCUUUGAUAAGGAUAAUAAGGCUAUUGUUGCAUGGAAUAAUCAUGACAAAUUGAAGGAGAAUAAACUAAACGGUGGAGCGUUGAAAGAUAAGAAAACAAAGAAAGUAGUGGUUAGCAGAGAGUAUCUAAACCAGGCUAAGUGGAUGAUUGCAGAGUCCAUGUGUGUGCUCGAAAAGUAUUUCCCGGAUGGAUUUUUUGAUAUAAGCGUGCACAACAUGGUUCAUUUGGCUGAUGAGGCCUUAGUUUGUGGAUCUGUUAGAACAAUGAAGGAGUGCAAAAACAUCCCAAAUAACAGCAGAUACAUUCAAGGGUCUAUUACGAAGUUGACUGAAAUGGAUGACUGUGUUAGAUUUUCCAUGGAGCACAUGAAAAAUGCUGAUCAAGGAGGUCACAAAGAAAAUUUGGAGCCCUUCUUAAAGGAUGAACAUGAAUGCAGCGAUGUGGGUUCUCUGCUUGAUGAAAAGCUGGUUCAUGUAGAGAAUGGAAUAACGAUCUGUCAGGAUUCAUAUUGUCCUUUGGUAAAUCUUUCAAGAUUGAAAAGCCAUACCAAUAUUUUGGACGAGCCUGUGAUUCUCGCUGAAGAGGCUGCCCAAGUUUUCUACUCCAGAGACGUGAAACAUCCAGAAUGGUGGGUUGUUAUCCAUACGCCGAGAGGAAUGAAUGCAGAUGUGGACAAAGCAGAGAUACCAGGUCGCGACAGUUUUCAAGAUAUUUUAGAAGAGGAACCACAUCUACGUAAAUUUCUUGGAGCAACAGCGUCUCCCUAG